GUACGGUGUCCUGUCUAGGACAUUUCCUUUCGCUAGUGUACGCGCACGUCACAACCCGAUCCGCUCUCCGCCCUGGACCGGAGUGAGGAGAGCGGGGACAGCGGAGAGAGGUUGACACAUUGGUCCAUCUUUCAAAAAUGGGAAAGUUGUCACUGUCCACGAACUACUGAUAAGCUUACACCGACUGGACGCAACCUUUUAGAAAUUUUCAAAAGUGACCGUCUUGCCUUCAGCCACGUGUUUCUCCGACGACAAGCUACUGCCAAGCCGCAGCCAUGUACGGAAGCCAACGAUCCGUUGGGAAGGUGGAGACCAGCAGCCAAAGCCCCGGACGUUCUCCGCGACUCCCACGCUCGCCACGUCUAGGUCAUCGGCGCACGAACAGCACCGGUGGCAGCUCGGGAGGAAUCCCUGGUGGUGGCAGUGGCAAGACUUUGUCCAUGGAGAAUAUUCAGUCCCUUAAUGCAGCCUAUGCCACAGCCAGCCCAAUGUAUCUUAGCGACCAUGAAAACAUAGGUGGAGAUACCCCAAAGAGCACCAUGACCCUGGGCCGGUCAGGGGGUCGGCUGCCUUAUGGAGUGAGGAUGACCGCCAUGGGAAGUAGUCCCAACAUUGCGACCAGUGGUGUGGCCAGUGACACUAUUGCCUUUGGGGAUCACCACCUUCCUGCAGUUAGUAUGGCCUCCACUGUGCCCCAUUCUCUGCGCCAAGCCAGGGACAACACCAUCAUGGAUCUCCAGUCCCAGCUGAAGGAGGUUCUGCGGGAAAAUGACCACUUGCGGAAGGAUGUGGAGGUGAAGGAAAGCAAACUCAGCUCCUCUAUGAACAGCAUUAAGACGUUUUGGAGUCCUGAGCUGAAAAAGGAGCGAGCCUUGAGGAAGGACGAAGUGUCCAAGAUCUCUGUGUGGAAAGAACAGUACCGGGUGGUGCAAGAAGAGAACCAGCAUCUACAAAUGACCAUCCAGGCGAUGCAGGAUGAGCUCCGGAUUCAGCGAGACCUCAACCAGCUCUUCCAGCAGGACAGCGGGGGACGCGCCAAAGAAGUCUUCACUUCCGAACUAACCGAGGAAAACUUCCGCAUCCUGCAUGCGGAGCACGACCGCCAAGCCAAGGAGCUAUUCCUGCUGCGCAAGACGCUGGAGGAGAUGGAAUUGCGGAUUGAGACGCAGAAGCAAACGCUGAACGCCAGGGACGAGUCUAUCAAAAAGCUGUUGGAGAUGCUGCAGAGUAAGGGGAUCUCCUCAAAGGUCAUGGACGAGGACCACGAGAGGACACGGAGGUUGGCGGAGGCCGAGAUGCAUGUCCACCACCUGGAGAGUAUACUGGAUCAGAAGGACAAGGAGACUAACAUGCUAAGAGAGGAAAUCCACCGCCGCUUUGAGAAUGCUCCGGAUUCUGCCAAGACGAAAGCCCUGCAGACCGUAAUCGAGAUGAAGGACUCUAAAAUCACCUCCAUGGAGCGGGGCCUUCGAGAUAUGGAGGAUGAGAUCCAGAUGCUGAAGUCUAACGGGGCUCUGAGCACUGAGGAGCGGGAGGAGGAGAUGAAGCAGAUGGAGGUCUACCGCAGCCAUUCAAAGUUCAUGAAGAACAAGGUAGAGCAGCUGAAAGAGGAACUGACUUCAAAGGAGAGCCAUGCGGAGGAGCUGAGGAAAAGAGUGUCAGCUCUGCAGACAGAGCUGUCUGGCAUUGGACAGGUCAAGCAGGAACUCUCCCGGAAGGACACAGAACUGCUGGCCCUACAGACCAAGCUGGAGACGCUCACCAACCAGUUCUCUGACAGCAAGCAGCACGUGGAGGUCCUGAAGGAGUCUCUGACUGCCAAAGAACAGCGGGCUGCUAUCUUACAGACUGAGGUGGAUGCACUCCGCCUGCGGUUGGAGGAGAAGGAAACGAUGCUGAACAAAAAGACAAAGCAGAUCCAGGAGAUGUCUGAGGAGAAGGGCACUUUAUCUGGAGAGAUCCACGAUCUCAAAGACAUGCUGGACGUGAAGGAGAGGAAAGUGAACGUGCUGCAGAAGAAGAUUGAGAACCUUCAGGAGCAACUGCGGGACAAGGAGAAACAGCUGAGCAGUUUGAAGGAGCGAGUAAAAUCCUUGCAAGCUGACACCACCAAUACAGACACUGCCUUGACCACCCUGGAGGAGGCGUUGGCUGAGAAGGAGAGAAUUAUCGAACGUCUGAAAGACCAGAGGGACCGAGAUGAACGUGAGAAGCAAGAAGAACUGGAGUCCUUCAAAAAAGAGUUGAAAGAAUUGAAAGAAAAAGUCAGCACAUUACAGGGAGACCUGUCUGAGAAAGAGUCUUCACUUUUGGAUUUAAAGGAACAUGCCUCUACCUUGGCAUCUUCUGGCCUUAAGAAAGAUUCCAGACUGAAAUCGCUGGAGAUUGCACUGGAACAGAGGAAGGAGGAGUAUCUGAAGCUUGAGAACCAGCUCAGGAAGCAGUCAGAUGGGUCACAGCACACUGGGAAAGCAGUCCACGAGGCUGCACAAGAUGCAAAAUCCAACCCUGACGUGAACGAGCGGGUGCAGCAGCUGGAGAAAGAGGUAGCAAGGUUUCGGGAAGAGGCCAGCAAGUCCCAGGCAGAGGUGGACCGGUUAUUGGAGAUCCUUAAGGAGAUGGAAAAUGAGAAGAAUGAAAAGGAUACAAAGAUAGCUGAACUUGAAAGGCAAAUAAAGGACCAGAGUAAGAAGGUGGCGACGCUGAAACACAAGGAGCAGGUGGAGAAGAAGAAAAAUGCCCAGCUUCUGGACGAGGCGAGACGUAGGGAAGAUAACCUGACCGACAACUCUCAGCAGCUGCAGGACAUCAUGCACCAGAAGGACGAUCGCAUCGAAGAGCUGGAGGAGGCUCUGCGCGAAAGCGUGCAGAUCACCGCUGAGCGGGAAAUGGUGCUGGCCCAAGAGGAGUCCGCACGGGGCAGCUAUCAGAAGCAGGUUGAGGAGCUGAUGAUGGCCAUGGAGAAGGUGAAGCAGGAGCUGGAAUCCAUGAAAGCAAAACUAUCAUCCACCCAGCAGUCACUGGCCGAGAAGGAGAUCCACCUGACCAGCCUGCGGGCCGAGCGCCGUAAACACCUGGAGGAGGUCCUGGAGAUGAAACAGGAAGCUCUGCUCGCCGCAAUCAGUGAGAAAGAUGCAAACAUUGCUCUUCUUGAAUUGUCCUCGUCCCGUAAGAAGAAGACGCAGGAGGAAGUGGCAUCACUGAAGCGGGAGAAGGACCGGCUGGUGCAGCAGCUCAAACAGCAGACACAGAACAGGAUGAAGCUGAUGGCGGACAAUUACGAAGCCGAUCACCUGAAGACUUCUGCACAGUCCAACCAAACUAACCACAAGCCCUCCCCUGAUCAGAUGAUUCAGCCCCUCUUAGACCUUGACCAAAAUCGCAGCAAACUCAAACUGUAUAUUGGGCAUCUGACUGCUCUGUGCCAGGACAGGGACCCCCAGAUCCUGCAAGCUCUUCGCCCGCCCGACUCCUACUACCUGGAUGACAACCGGUCAGCUUGGGAGCAGAGGCUGCAGAAGAUGACGACAGAAGAGUUGAGUGAAGAACUGGAAAAAUGUGAGCACGAGAGCGCAGAAUUGCAGGAAUUCGCCAACACCAUCCUCCAGCAGAUUGCAGAUCACUGCCCCGAUAUCCUGGAACAAGUUGUCAAUGCCUUGGAAGAGUCCUCCUGACACCACAGAGUUCGAGGUCAUCUCCUGCAGCUCGGAUAUAACGGACACCAGUGUUAGUCGACAAUUAUUCUUCUCCCCUCCACCCACUGGCUUUGGCCUAGGGUAGAGACCUGCACAUCCAGCCUUGCACUGCCUGUCACAAACUGCACUGUAUGUACCGUUACGCUAGGGGCUUCUUGUGGUUUCUGGGGGUGCAGUGCAACCCCUCCUCCUCUAGGACCAAAAAAAAUAAAAUGAUCCCCCUUUUUCUUAAGGGUGAAAUUGGCCUGCCCGUAUGGGUUCAGUCACCGGACUCUCACUACAGAAAUGCAAUAAGAGAGUAUGCCUCGGCCCCUUGAGACAGCAUGGACUAUGGCGGCGGCGGACUUGGCGUCAGGGGGAUGGUGCAGUAAACAAUGAAGGUGUUGAACUGUCACAGAGAUUAUAAUGUAAGGAGAGUUCUACCUGAAAAAACACAAAUUCCAUUUGGUUUCCUGCAGUCUUUAGAUAUCGUUACUCUAAGAUGUCUCAAUCUUCCACAGCUUGUUCAGGGGUCAUCUACCCUGGUACUGAAGUUCUAAUUUUGCACAGAUUGUUGGAUGACAUUUUCUUCUUUUUCCUGGAAAGGUUUCUAUUAGCCAGCAUCCGUUCAUCAAACCCAGCAGCCCAGAUCCACCAGCACUAUUACCACCACCGUCUUCACCAGGAGAUGCCAGCUCUUCCUUCUUGUUACUAGCACACAUUUAUUUUAUAUCCCAUCAAUUAGCUCUCCACUACAUCCAACAAGAUAUGUAUUACGGAUUUAUCAGCAAGACUAACCACCAGUACCACCCACCACAUGCCUUCCAUGUCCUAACUGUGGAGGAGGUCAAAUGUGAGCUUAAUGGAUGGUGCAGUAGAGAAUGGCAAGUGAUCAUAGCCCAAGAGAUGUCCUCUUCCCCGAAAGGGUGUCUUAUUUCAAAGGGGUUCACCUAAUUUUGUUAGCUGGAGAAAGGCCCCGUUGACCCCUUACGUUCAGUGACUGACUGUUUGCCGGAGUCGUGUUGCUUGAUUGGUUAAUAGUGCAGUAUAUCCCUAGUAACCACACUUGGCUGUCCAGUGGCUAAGAUGCCAUGACAGGUCCCAUCUCGGGCUGCAGUAUUAAUCAGAUUUUUCUAAAAAUACAUUUCAUUGGAGAAGUUGCUCAGUCUCUGUGACCAAUCUUCUUGACUGUUACAUGUGAUUUAAUUGAUCUCAAUGCCCUUAGCAUUAUGAGAAAUCCUUAAAUCAUGACAUGCUUGGGUGGAGGAGAACCUGC